AUGGUGACAAAAGCAAGGAUGGGGAUGGGUGCCCUGACGACUCCAUGCAUGGGACUGAUCCUCGUUUUACUCAGUCUGAGUGGGAUGGGCUUUCUCCUGAAGAUCAAGAUUUGCUCAAGGAGAAUGCGCCUGCUAGUAAGGGGGCCCAGGAUGCGGCGCCUGGCGUGGGUGGAGGGGAUGCGGCUUCGGGUGGGGCUAAAGGCGUGCGACAGGCUCGCUGUGCAAGCGAAGGCCGCCACCCACAUCCGCUUCCUCGACGCCGGCGUCUGCAUCGGCCUCCUCUACCCCGUCUCCAACAUCAUGGCCAACACCCUCGUCACCUCCGACCUCCGCCCCGGCCUCAUGGACAAAGUCCCGGAGGAUACCAAGCCGGGAGAGAUGGACAAGCGCUCACUCGACGGCCUCGCGGCUUUCCUGAUCUACUUCUUCCCAUACCUUGCCGAGGGGAGGCCGUGCGGUACCUACUGGUCGCCGACGCCGACCCUCUCAUCGCUGCGCGCCUGA